GCUCUCUCCACCUCCACCUUGUCUCCCUGCAGUGGGAACUCUGGAAGAUAGAGAAGGAAGGGACCGUGCAUUUCCUAGGUGAGCCCUGCCACUGACUUCUGAGUCCCCGGAAAGGCUGAUGUCCUCUGAUUGCACUUUGUAAUUCGAUUUUAAAGCUUGGUAAUUCAUUUCAGUUAGGGGUGAUUCAUUUCAGCUGGGUAAGAACUGAGUUGCCAGCACACGAGUGCUGAAGCCAUGGACUGAAGGAGAGGCCAGGAGGCGCUGUGUAAAUCUGUAGAAGACUUUUACUCCAGGGGUGGGUAUAGGAAGAGGAAGUUUGGAAGAGAAAACUGCUGUAUUUUUAUAUACAUGUAUGUUUUGGAUUACCUAGUUGAGGACCAUGGUAGUUACAUCUUACUCUGUUUGCUCAGAUGAUCACAUUUGGUGUGAGGGUACUUAAAAAAGUUUGUGGAAAAUGGAAUUAAAGGACAAGUUUAUUUUGGUGCAAAAAAUUAAGACUCAUGCAUAGUUUUCUUCCUUAUCUAUGUUUUCUCUGAACUUUAGGAAACCUCUCCCAUUUAAACUUGUGAAAGCCCAGGAAAACAUUUUUCCUGAUUUACCACUCAAGAAUUUUUACAUAAAGAAUUAAAGCUUAAUGGUUUAAAUAAUAACUAGCUUACUUGCUAAAUGAUUGUGUGUAUAGUAAAGUAGCAUUUAUACAUAUAUAUAUCCUCUUGUAUGUAUUCUGCUUUCAUAGGAAUAAAGAAAUGGAUAGUUACUUUGGAGAUCUUAUGUUCCUGUUUUAAAAAAAUGAUGAAAUGUUUAUGUUCAUUACUCUAAUUUCAUUAAAAGCAGAUUAUGUUUUAAAAUUACUUAUUGAAAUAGUUCUUUGUGGGUAAAAAUGUUAUGAAAAAAAUGUGUUUAACUUAGAACGUGGCGUUUUUAGAUAGGGGAAAGUGUAGUGAUAAUCCAGUUCCGAAAACAUGAGAAAUAGAUAUUCCUCUGUGCAGGGAAGAGUCUCUUGUUUGUUUAUUAUUUAUUUUAAAGUUUGAUUUUAUUUAUUUUGAAAGGUAGAGUUACAGAGUGAGAAGGAGAGAGAGAGGUCUUCUAGCCGCUGGUUCACUACCCAAAUGGCCACAGCUGCUGAGGCUGGGCCCAGCCGAAGCCAGGAGCUUCUUCUGGGUCUCCAUGUGCGUGCACAGGCACAAGGACUUGGACCAUCCUCCACUGCCUUCCCAGGUGCAUUAGCAGGGAGCUGGAUCAGAAGUGGAGCAGCCAGAACUGGAACCGGCACCCAGCACCCAUAUGGGAUGCCAGUGCUACAGGCAGCAGCUUAACCUGCUGUGCCCAGCACCGGCCCCAAGUGUCUCUUUUCUGUUUCUCUUCACUCAAGCUUUCUUGAUUAGAAAAUGUGGCAAAAGUUUUAUUUUUGUUUUAGAGUUGUAUUCAAGUUAGGAUCUUCUGGAAGUAAUACCUGUAAAAUGCUUGCAUUUUAGGGAGUAUUUGGAGGUGUAGGGUACUAAUGAGCUCAUGUAUGGAUCUGACCAGCUCCAGGUGUCUUCGUAGCUUGGUUCCCUUCACAGCAUUUGAUAAGUAGGCACGGUGGAACCUCCGUUGUCAGUUGUUGGGAGACUUCGUUCGGAUGGAAACGUUUCUGUCCAGUGGCCAAGCCUGUCUUCUCGUAGACCCUCUGUGAACAGCUCAGCUUGCAUCUGAUAGUCUCUGUCUGCUUUGUAUGCGUGGAGCCAGGCAGCUUAAAACAGUUCUCCAGUAAUCAAAGACUUGAGCCUUGUGGGCACUGCUAUGCUCUCACUUGGUAUUAAAGUUUUCUUGGGUUACAGCUCAUUGCUGCAGCAAGUGAUUGAAGAAGGAGCCCUGUUCCUGCCCUUGAGCUACAGCUAAAGUACAAGCAGUGGCUUAGGGGUGAGGAGUCUUCCUCACCACACACGGUUUGUAUGUAUGGAGCCUGCCAGCAGUUGACAUUCUGCACUGGUUUUUUUGUUAUUGCUUGUGAUUCACAUUCAAUACUGCUGUUUAUAGUUUUUAAAAUCUAGAUUAUAUCUAGAAUUUUUAUGCAGAUUACUACUGAAUCUUCUCACCUUCCAGACUAUAAAAUCACUUUAAAGAAGACUUUCCAAGGCAAUCAGAAGUGAAUUCUAGAGUAAUAUCUAGCACUCUUGCUCUAUUUGUAGUAUAACUCAUCUAAAACCAAUGGAAUAUAGAAGUGUUUUAACAUAAGGAGGGGAGGAAGGGGAGAGAGAUGACGAUGAAAUACUAUGGUAUGAUUAGUAUUUUAUACAAAGUUGUUAGACUUUAUCAAACUUGUAAUUACUAUUUAAUUAUCCUGCUUUCCUGCUUUAUCACUGGCUUAGAUACUGGCUUUCAUUCCUAGUAUUUUUCAGGUUUAUCUGUUCAAGAUGAGAAUACCUCAUUUUAGUACUCCUUUUAAGAAAGCAGUAUUCAGGUGUGACCAUAGACACAUUUAGGGGAACCAAAUUUAAAGAAUUAGUCAAAUCAAUUGGUAAGUUACCACCUUAUCUAGAGGGAAGAGUAUGCUCAAUAGUUUGGAAAAGGACAGUUAACCAGUUGUCCUUUUUUUUAAAUUUGUUUUAUUUGAGAGGCAGAGAGAGAGAGAGAGGUCCUCCAUCCGCUGGUUUACUCCACACAUGGUUUACAUUGGCCAGUCAGCUGGGGCUGUGCUGGAGCCAGGAGCCAGGAGCUUCUUUGGGAUCUCCCACGUGGGUGCAGGGGCUGAAGGGGUUGGGCCUUCUUCCACUGCUUUUCCAAGCCAUAGCAGAGAACUAGAUAGGAAGUGGAGCAACCAGGACUUGAACUGGUGCCCGUAUAGGAUGCCGGCACUGCAGGCGGCGGCUUUACGUGCUACGCCACAGUGCUGGCCCCAACCAGUUGUCUUAAUCCAGUCUUGUCCUGGUUGUUGGUCUCAACUGAGAGCCUGGAUUGUUUACCCAUGGCUCAGGUCUGAACUGCCACCUGUAUUUUUAUGGCCUGUGAGCUAAGAACGAAUUUUACAGUUAAAUAGCUGAAAAAUAUUUUAUUAUUGAAAAUUAUAUGAAUUAUAAAUUUUGUAGCCCAUGAAUGAGACUGUAUAGGAACAUAACCCUGUUCCUUUAUUAUCUGAUCUUUUACAGACAAAGUUUGAUUUACAGUGUACAGACAGGGUUUUCUGGAUUCAUUGAGCAUUUCUCUUGGCUUCUUUGUGUCAUUUCUCUUUGAUUCCUUCCUUUUUCUUUGUGUAGUAUAUCUUUGAUUUACAGUUGGUUGGUUUGCUGUUUUUGUAACAAGCUGACAGCUUGCCUUUCCUCCUGUGCUCUGUGCUUGUAGCCUCCCGGAUGUCCCCCUUGGCCCCAUGGACUUGAUGCUCAGAACUUAACGAGUUGCCGACCCUGAAACUUGUCUGUGUUAGUGCUAAACUGAUUUCUGCCUAUUGUGUCUCUGUCUUUUGUCAUCUAGGGAUGCACAAAUCUAAAUUCUGUUGUUUCUUGAAUUCCCAAUACUGUAGAGUCUCUUGCUUGCCCUCGUUGAACUGCUUAUCUUUCUUGGACUCCCAAGUUUCUUAGCUGGUCUCCUCCUUGAUAUGGGAUUAUAGUUCCUGCUUAUAAAGGCACUUUUUGAUGUGCAGAAAUAGUUGUACUUGAGAUUCUUUAGGAGAAUUCAGCUGAAAUGCAUUUUUUAAAAAGACAUACUUGAAAUGCUGAGUGGCGGUGAGUGACAUAACGUUCAUCUGCUGGGUCACUCCUCAGAUACCUAUAGCAGUUGGCUCUAGGCUAGCCAAGGCCAGGAGUCAGGAACGCCAUCCAGGUCUCCUACAUGGGUGGCAGGAACCCACGCAGUUGGGCCAUCAUCUGCUGCCUCCCAGGUGCGUUAGGAGGAAGCUGGAUCAGAAGUGCCGAAUAGCCAGGACUUGAACCAGCACUCUUUUUUUUUUUUUUUUUUUUUGACAGGCAGAGUUAGACAGAGAGAGAGAAAGGUCUUCCUUUUUCCUUUGGUUCACCCCCCAAGUGGCUGCUGCGGCCGGUGCGCUACGCCAAUCCGAAGCCAGGAGCCAGGCGCUUCCUCCUGGUCGCCCAUGUGGGUGCAGGGCCCAAGAACCUGGGCCAUCCUCCACUGCCCUCCUGGGCUACAGCAGAGAGCUGGACUGGAAGAGGGGCAACCGGGACAGAACCGGCAUCCCAACUGGGACUAGAACCCGGGGUGCCGGCGCCGCAGGUGGAGGAUUAGCCUAGUGAGCCGUGGCGCCAGCCGAACCAGCACGUAGGGGAUAUGGACGCCCCAGUUGGCAGUUUACCUCGCUGUGCCACAACGUCCGAGAAUAGAAGUCCUUGUAUAGUGAUGGCUGGCUUUCUCUUUCACGUUUUUCUUUUUUUUUCUUUUUUUCUUUUUUUUUUAAAGACAUAUUUAUUUGAAAGGCAGAGUUAUAGAGAGCAAGAGAGUGUUUUCCUCUGCUGGUUUACUCCUCAAAUGACUGCAACAGCCGGAGCUGGGCCAAUCCAAAGCCAGGAGCCAGAAGCUUUUUCCGGGUUUGCCAUGUGGGUGCAGAGGCCCAAGGACUUGGGCCAUCUUCCGCUGCUUUCCCAGGUGCUUUAGCAGGGAGCUGGAUUGGAAGUGGAGCAGCUGGGACUUGAACUGGUGCCCUUAUGGGAUGCUGGCUAUGCAGGUGGUGGCUUAAUCUGCUAUGCCACAGUGCCAGCCCCCAGUGAUGGCUUUCUGAUUUCCAUGCUAGUUGAUUAUACGAACAUUGGCCAAAUCAUAGCACAUCUCUCUCCUCUCGAACAUUCUGAAUGGAGUCUGGCGUCCAAAGCUACCUCUGAUACAACUCCUAACCUAUUUUAUUAAACCACCUCUCUGAAUUUCUUCCACUCUCCAUUCCAUAUACCACGUAAAACUGCUGCAGAUCUUUAUAAAUGCCAUUCGCCUUUUGUGCUUAUAUCACACUGUUUCUCUGUUUGGAAUGUUCUCCCUUUCUGGGGUCUCAUCCCCAUGAAAAUCCGCUAUUUGGAGCAUCAAACAGGUACUGAGGGCCCGCACCCUCAGGAGUAUAGAUUGUGACGCAUCCUUGGUUGCACGCUUUUCUGUUCGGAUCACAUGGGUCACAUUCCACUUUGUAUUAGGUCACUGGUGAAUGCAUCUUGACCUUUGCUAGUUUACACAUUUUUGAGGAUCUGUUCUGUUUCAUUUCUGUCCUCUGCUGUGCUUUUCACAUAUGGCAGAUAAUCAGCUGCCUUGAGGGGAUUAGUAUUGUCUCUAGAACAGUUCUCUGAUACGAUAAAUCGUGUUGGUUUUUGUGCUAGUAGAUUGCUUUCAACUCGGUGCACUGUGCUUGAUCUGUGUGAGUUGCAUGCCGACCAGAAGUUGUGUGGAUUUCUGAGGCUAUUUUACUGCACGUAGUUUUGUUUUAUUAUAAUUUAAGUACCAUGUGAACUCAUGAAAUGAGUGUUUUUUUUUUUUUCUUUCAACUGGAUUCUUGGGGGAAGACUUGAUAAAAGGUGAGUCACUAAAAUAGCUGUAGAAGUAAAUAGAGUUGAAAUUAAUUAAUUUGGGAGAGGAGUAACAGAAGUUCAGGAUUCUGUAAGUAGAUGGUUUAAGAGGAUCUCUUAAAAUUUUUCAUGUAAAUUAAACUGAAAGUAGAGAUUGUAGAUGAUACAUUGUAUAUGGUAUAGACCAAACAGAAGAAGCUUUAAUCAUAAAGCAAUUGGGAAUCCUGAUACCAUUGUCCAAGGGCUAUGACAUCAUCAUGUGAAAGAUCGAUGAAUGUAUAUGUUUUAAAUACUUAGAGUGAACACAUAUUUUUGAUUGGAUAUGAUUAUCUUGCGUGUGAAGGCUUCUGCAUCAGUGUGUGCUCUGAUUCUUGUUUUCAAAAUGAAUAGAAGAAUGUACCAUUUUCGGUCACCGUUCCUCAGCUGUAAAACAGUAAUCCUUCCACUGGAAGGUUCUUGGAAGUAAAGCGGGAACGUGACUGGCAGGCGGGAGGUUGCCAGGAUGUCGUUCCGGUAGCCUUGUCAUCUCAGGCAAGUUACUGAGCUGCUUUGCUUCCUUUUCCACCAUUCCUGCUUCACCGGUGAAGGGACUCCAGAAGAUAAGCUUACGUGUGUACAUUUGUUUUGUCAGACCCCUAGACUGAGUCACACCUGACACAGUUCUGGCUUGGCAAGCACUGGAGUUGGUGGUGUUUGUGCGCAGGCUCUGUCCUCCUACUCCCAGCUAGAAAUUUAGAUUUUACAAGGAAUCUGAUUUAAGAUGUUGGCAAUUAAUUAAAAAUAUUUAGGCACCAUGGACUGGAUGUAUCUGUGGGUCAGAUAUAGCUGUCAUUUUGUAAUUUCUGACUUAGAAGGUUGGCUUUCGGCUUUCUAGGAACCUCUCAGCACGUUGACAAAGCCCACCUUGUUAGCUGUCCCUGGGUUACAGUAGGACUGGUAGUCAACUUAGUAAACAGCAGUGGCGUUCAGUUCUGGCAGGUAGGGUUAGUCCCUAGUUCUAGACUGAUGAUGUUUUAUGCAUUUAGGCUGAAGUGUUCAGACUUUAGAGACGUGCAUGGCUUUAGUAUGCGUCCCGAAGUAUGCCUAAGCUUUGUCAGAAGUUGGUAGUCAUAGCUCACUUUGUCUUUGGAGGAUAGCUUACGUUAAGCAUGCAUCAGCACCCUGUGAUGCGCACCCGUUUUAUUGACUUCUUCAGGAGCUGGCAAUACUGUUCCCUCUGCAGGGCUGCUGUGUGUAGAAAAUGACAUUUGUUGGUUGAGGUGCAACCAUGAGUUCUCGGUAGUUGUGGCCCGCGGACUUGGAUCCAGGCUGUUCCUGCGUGUCUUUGGCUGCACAGUACAGUUGACCCCCUUCUCCCAGUCGUGUGAACUGUGGCUCCAGUGCCCCGUUGCAGGAGUGCCUGCUUACUUAGGGGUCCUUCAGCUGGUGCAGGUGAAAGCCUUGCCGUGAGAUUGCAAGUGAAAGCAUGAGCUUGACACGCCUUUCUCUGCGGAGCUCCCCCCACCCCCCGCUUGCGUUUCGGGUGCUGGGAGAUGCUCCUGUGAGAGCCCGUGUGCAUGCAGCCUUGGCCGCUGUGAGCAGGUGCAGAGCUGUACCUGCCCUCUUGCAGUUUGUGUCCACAUGCCCUGUGUGGAAAGUGUGGAUGUGCAGCAUCCACCACAUGCUGGUUUUGAUUCAGAUUUCCAGUGAUUCUUCUGUUGAAUGAGAAGCUAAAUGUGCGGGUAGGGUGUAUGCCAGCCAUGUUACAGGACAGGUGUACCUAAGUUUCUGUUUGCAUUUUAAAUUUUGACCUGUUAAGUCAGUGAAGUGACCUAAUCACUUACUAGAUUUUGAUUGUCUUUCUUUUGCUGGUGUACUACUUGCCUUCUGUCUUGUUAGCUAUCACGAGAAAGCAAUUAGAAGUAUAUGAGCUUGAAACCUUAAGGACAAGUAUCUAUCAGGGAGAGGCUUGUUAGCACGGUUUUCCUUAUAAGAAUGCCCUUCUCAUGGGUUGACUAUGCCAGGGCCAGGGACUUUCAAGUUCUUUCUGUAUAUUUAAGAGUGAAGGGAAAAACCUCUGACGUUACGUUCCUUGUCAGAUAUUUUACCUGAUGAGGAUGCAGUCACUGGAUGCUGCUUAUGAUUUCGAGAUAUCCUGCCUUCUGCUCAGAGAAGGCAGUCUGCAUUGGUUUGUCUAGAUGUUUAUACCCUUCUGCUUGGCAGUAUCUGAAAUAGCAAGAUGCGGCUGCAUUCGCAAUCUAGAACACUUUGCCCCUGUUUUGCAUUCACUUAAAUUUCCACCAGUCUUUCCGAGUAACUGUUAAAGUUACCUAUUUAUGGACCUACUUUUUUCUUCUUUAAGAUUUAUUUAUGUAUUUGAAGGGCAGAGUUAACAGAGAGGCAGAGGCAGACAGAGAGGGAGAUCUUCCAUGUGUUGGUUCACUCCCCAGAUGGCUGCAACAGCUGGAGCCGGGCUGGUCCGAAGCCAGGAGUCAGGAGCUUCCACGUGGGUUCAGGGGCCCAAGCACUUGGGCCAUCCUCCACUGCCCUCCCAGGCCACAGCAGAGAGCUGGGUCAGAUGUGGAGCAGCCAGGACUUGAACUGGCGCCCAUAUGGGAUGCUGGCACUGCAGGUGGUGGCCCUACCCACUACGCCACAGUGCUGGCCCCUUUUUUACUUCUUAAAACCUUAUUUUCUCCACACGAGGGGGAAAAUAAGAUUUUUAAAUUUUCCAUCCAAAAGGAAAUAAAUAUUCUACUUUCAGAAUCUUCUGUUCAUUACUUGGUUUUCUGGGAGAAUCAGAAUCUGUUCCAUCAGGAAGAUACUUGUGUUUAUAUUUUCUGCUUCAAUCACUUUGAAAAACAAGAAGAAACCAUUUAUAAUCUGUUCUUUUUGAAACACAGAGUUGAAAUCGAGUAGGAUAAGAGAAAAAACGUGAAAAUGAACCAAAAAGUUGACUUGAUUGCAUAUGGUUGGCCUUUGAGGGAGAGUUUGAUUGAAGUAAGAAUUGCCUGUAGAGGGUCUGCAAUAGAUUCAUGGAAAAUGCACAGUAUUUUAAUAUUUUCCCAGAAACUCUUUGAAGUACCCCCAUCUGUGUAUAUAUAUAUAUAUUUAUUUAAGAUAUAUUUCAUUUUAAUGGUUGGAGAGUGUGAUUCCAUUUUAUAAAUAAAAAAACUGAAGCAGAAAGGUCAGAUGGCUUUGUAAAUAGCCGAACCAGUACCAGCAUAUUCCAAGGCUGGAAGUCGUGCUUUUGAUCACUGUGUCUGUCAGAAAGUACAUUCUGCAGUUAACAGUGCAGUUAAGCCUCUUGAGAUUAAGGAAAUAGUUCCCAUCUGUGUUGAAUGCCUGCUGGGUGCCAGUGCUGCCUGCACGUUUGAGGAGUGUAGUGUGAAGCAAAGUUCCAGGUUUGUGGUGCUGUCCAGCCUAGUGAGGAAGACCAACUAGCAUAUUUGGUGAAGAAAACCAAAGCAGGAUGGGGAGAAAACAAGGAGUGUCCUGUUUUACUUAGGGUGACUGUGCAAGGCAGGAGCUUCUGUAAGAGCAAGCCUUGGCCGGCGCCGCAGCUCACUUGGCUAAUCCUCUGCCUGCAGCACCGGCACCCCGGGGUUCUGUCCGGGUUGCUCCUCUUCCAGUCCAGCUCCCUGCUGUGGCCCUGGAGGGCAGCGGAGGAUGGCCCAAGUGCUUGGGUCCCUGCACCUGCACUAGAGACUGGGAGGAAGUACCCAGGUCCUGGCUUCGGAUCAGUGCAGUGCCGGCCGUAGCGGCCAUUAGGGGAGUGAACCAACGGAAGGAAGACCUUUCUCUCUGUCUCUCUCUCACUGUGUAUAACUCUCUCUCUGUCUCUCUUUCUGUCUAACUCUGCCUGGCAAAAAGAAAAAAAAAAGCUUUAGCCAUCAGGUUGGGGCGGAAGAUGGAGACGCAGACAGGUCUUGAGGAGUUGAGUCAGCCGGUGGUCAGUCGGCAACCUUCAUUUUCUGAAGGUCCUUCUCAGUCUUACCUGAAAGAAUUGAUGAGUAUUUGUUGAAUGCCCGAUUGUUUUCCUAUGACUUCCAUUUUAAAGAAAACUUUUACUUAUUUUCAUUUAUUUGAGAGACAGGUCUUUCGUCCAUUGUGUUAAGAGUCUGGAGCUCCAUCCAGGUCAGCGUGGGUGGCAGGGGUGCCCAGGAACACGAGUCGUCUUCUGCCUUUUGGGUGUGCAUUGGCAGAGAACUGGAAUCGAAAACUGGGACUCUGACCAGGCACUCUGGUCUGGAGUUCGCGUCCAAAUGCCUUUGCCUCCUCCAUAGGCCUUUUUACCUAGUAAUCUUGAUGUUGCCUUGAGAUGCAUGUUUUCCCCAUUUUAUGGAAGGGAAAGUUAAGGCACAGACUUGGGCAUCUCUAAAAGUAAAUUGUGAAAUGAAUCUCCAGAUUGUACCUGUUACUUAAACUUCAGUAGUUCAUUGCCAUUCAUCAAUCUUACCUCAUCUCCAACCUUCCCUUUCGAAAAUAUAAGCUGUUAGCAUAGUUCAUUUAACACUUUAAUGCUUUGUGCUGAGAUUACUGAUUAUUAGAACUGACUGUAAUUGUUGUCACUUUUUUAUUUGGAUCAUUUGAGGUUGCAGACAUCUUGACAUGUCUUUAAUCUUAGGACUUGGGCCUUUUUCGUAACCACAGCGUAACUAUUAACUCAGCAUUGACAUUGCUACAGUAUUAUUCCACAAUCCUCAUGUAAGUCUAUGGUGUUAUUCUAGUAAUAAUUUUUAGUUUUUAAUCCAGUGUUCAGUCAAGGCUCAUGUCAUUGACAGUGGCAGACCCUGUUUUGUGGAACCCCUUACUUGGGAUUUGUCUGUAGUUGCUUGCUCAUGAUUAGAGGUGGAUUAACCAUCGCUGGCAGGAGUGCUCCCUGGGGAUUUCACUGUGUCAUCCUGGGAGGCAUGGCAGUUUGUCCCACUGUUGGGAUUGUUGAAGCAGUCAUCGGGUUUAGGGGAUAGGCACCUGAUUGUUCAGUUGUAAACACACCUUUUUCUUGUGCUAAGAAAUCUGUGGAGUAAAAAAUUUGAGUUAGAAUUUUUUGUUCUUCAAAAAUCUGCUGGUUUUGGCAUCUGUUGAUGGUUCUAAAUCAAAUUAUUGCUGGAGUCCUUUAAACAAACACAGAUCUAUCAUUUCGCCUGUAACUAUUUGGUGUUCAUCUAAAAGAUGAGGGCUUUAAAACACAACCAAAGUACCUUUGUCACACCUAACUACAGUUCUUUAAUAUUUACUAUUCUGUUCAGAUUUCCUGAAUUGCCUCUCUACAGUUAGCUUGUUUGAAUUUUCAGUCUACAUAAGGUCACAGAUUGUAUUUACUUAAAUGGCUUCUUAAAUCUCUUACUUUGUAACAGCCACACACACACACACACCCACACACCCUUUGUCUUGCAUUUCUGCAUUUGGCUGGUCACUUCCUGUGUACUUCUGCUCCAGGUGUAUUUUAUAGACUCAUAGGUAGAAGUUUAAGGUUCUGAUUUGGUUUUUGGUUUUGAAGAGUGUCCUGGGGUAGCAGCACAUCCAGGGGCAUAUAGUCUGCCUUUUAGAGAUCAGUUUAGUUCUUGAUGGAUGUAGAUAUCCAUCCUAUUACAAUCUAUAUUUAUUGUUUAUUAGAGAAAUGAAGUGAGAGAGAGAGAGAGAGAGGGACAGGCAGCUCCUAGACACUGGUUUGCUUCCCAAAUGACUUCAGUCAGGACAGAGCCGGUGCUGGACACUCAGUCCUGAUCCCUGACAUGGAUGGCGGAGACCCAACUAAUUGAGCCAUCACUGCUGCCUUCCAGGGUCUGGCAUUAGCAAGAAGCAGCAAUCAGGAGUGGAAGCAGGACUUGAACCUGGCGGGCCAGUGUGGGAUGUGGGUGUUCCCACUGGCAUCUUAACUGUCAGGGUUGGUACAGUAGGCUUCACUAGACUUAGCUGCAACUCAGAAUUUCUCCUCCAGCACCUGAGUAAAUGCUGAUGGUCUUGUGGAGAGUGGAUUAAGAGUACGAGCUAAGUUCUCGAUCCCAAUUAAGAAGCCGAGGAAAAUUUAAACUGUCUCCUUCAAAGUUUAUCACAACCACCACCAUCGAGACAGCAAACCAAAGGACAAAGACUUUGACCUGCUGUAUUGCUCUGUGUAGUCCAGUGCACGUAUGGUUCACAGACUGGCUGGGGUUACUAAUAAGUAAAUAAAAAGUUGGACACUUCUGUCAUUGGACACUUACUCACAAGUUACCAGAAUGAGGGCUGUACUGGAGACAGCAGACAUUGCCAUAGUGGCCCUGUAUUUUAUCCUGGUCAUGUGCAUUGGUUUUUUUGCCAUGUGGAAAUCUAAUAGAAGCACCGUAAGUGGAUACUUCCUGGCGGGGCGCUCUAUGACCUGGGUAGCGAUUGGUGCCUCUCUGUUUGUGAGCAAUAUUGGGAGUGAGCACUUCAUUGGGCUGGCAGGAUCUGGAGCUGCAAGUGGAUUUGCAGUGGGCGCAUGGGAAUUCAAUGCCUUACUGCUUUUGCAACUUCUGGGAUGGGUUUUCAUCCCGAUUUACAUCCGGUCAGGGGUAUACACCAUGCCUGAAUACUUGUCCAAGCGAUUUGGUGGCCAUAGGAUUCAGGUCUAUUUUGCAGCCUUGUCUCUGCUUCUCUAUAUCUUCACCAAGCUCUCAGUGGAUCUGUAUUCAGGUGCCCUCUUUAUCCAGGAGUCUUUGGGUUGGAACCUUUAUGUGUCUGUCAUCCUGCUCAUUGGCAUGACUGCUUUGCUGACUGUCACCGGAGGCCUUGUUGCAGUGAUCUACACAGACACUCUACAGGCUCUGCUCAUGAUUGUUGGGGCACUCACACUUAUGAUUAUCAGCAUGAUGGAGGUUGGCGGGUUUGAGGAAGUUAAGAGAAGGUACAUGUUGGCCGCACCCAAUGUCACCUCCAUCUUGUUGACAUACAACCUUUCCAACACAAAUUCUUGUAAUGUCCAACCUAAGAAAGACGCCUUGAAGAUGUUGCGGAAUCCAACAGAUGAAGAUGUUCCGUGGCCUGGAUUCAUUCUUGGGCAGACCCCAGCCUCAGUGUGGUAUUGGUGUGCUGACCAAGUCAUCGUGCAGAGGGUCUUGGCUGCCAAAAACAUUGCUCAUGCCAAAGGCUCUACUCUUAUGGCUGGCUUCUUGAAGCUUCUGCCAAUGUUUAUCAUAGUGGUCCCAGGAAUGAUUUCCAGGAUACUGUUUGCUGACGAUCUAGCUUGCAUCAACCCGGAGCACUGCAUGCAAGUGUGCGGGAGCCGAGCCGGGUGUUCCAAUAUUGCUUACCCGCACCUGGUGAUGAAGCUGGUUCCCGUGGGCCUUCGGGGCUUGAUGAUGGCAGUGAUGAUCGCAGCGCUGAUGAGUGACCUGGACUCUAUCUUUAACAGUGCCAGCACCAUAUUCACCCUGGACGUGUACAAACUCAUCCGCAAGAGCGCCAGUUCUCGGGAGCUGAUGAUCGUGGGGAGGAUAUUUGUGGCUUUUAUGGUGGUUAUCAGCAUAGCAUGGGUGCCAAUCAUCGUGGAAAUGCAAGGAGGCCAGAUGUACCUUUACAUUCAGGAGGUAGCAGAUUACCUGACACCUCCAGUGGCAGCCCUGUUUCUUCUGGCAAUUUUCUGGAAGCGUUGCAAUGAGCAAGGGGCUUUCUAUGGCGGAAUGGCUGGAUUUGUUCUUGGAGCAGUCCGUUUGGUACUGGCCUUUACAUACCGCGCCCCAGAAUGCGACCAGCCUGAUAACAGACCUGGUUUCAUCAAAGACAUCCACUAUAUGUAUGUGGCCACAGCACUGUUUUGGGUCACAGGACUCAUUACUGUAAUUGUUAGCCUUCUUACCCCACCUCCCACAAAGGAACAGAUUCGCACCACCACCUUUUGGUCUAAGAAGAGCCUGGUGGUGAAGGAGAGCUGCUCUCCCAAAGAUGAGCCGUACAAAAUGCAAGAGAAGAGCAUUCUGCGGGGCAGCGAGAACAGCGAGGCCAUCAACCACAUCAUCCCCAACGGGAAAUCGGAGGACAGCAUCAAAGGCCUUCAGCCCGAAGAUGUCAAUCUGUUGGUGACCUGCCGAGAGGAGGGCAACCCGGUGGCUUCCCUGGGCCAUUCCGAGGCAGAGACGCCAGUGGACGCUUACUCCAACGGGCAAGCGGCUCUCAUGGGUGAGAAGGAGAGGAAGAAAGAAGUAGAGGAUGGCAGCCGCUACUGGAAGUUCAUAGACUGGUUUUGCGGCUUUAAAAGUAAGAGUCUCAGCAAGAGGAGUCUCAGAGACCUUAUGGAAGAGGAAGCUGUUUGUUUACAAAUGUUAGAAGAGACUCCAAAAGUUAAGCUAAUACUCAAUAUUGGACUUUUUGCUGUGUGUUCACUUGGAAUUUUCAUGUUUGUUUAUUUCUCCUUAUGAACUUAAGAUAUGGUGAGACACUUAAGAGAAUACUGGUCUUUGGAAAAAAAUUAUGUAACUGUUGCAUCUCUCAGGCAUUGUUUACGCUGUAGGUUUUAGCCAAAUUUUACUUAGCAGAAAAUCAUCUAUUUGCAAGACUUUAUUUUUCCCAGAGAUGGACGGAAGUAAAUCUUCAACUUAAAUGAAGCAGAACGUGUUUAACAGACUGACUUGUGCAAAUGUGGUUCAAAAUUUUCCAUACCAAAGUAAGGAAAGACUACUUAUUCUCACAGGUCUCUGAGGCAGAAUCAAUGUUAAGAUACCGUGAAUAAGGUACACUGUUUGCACUGCCGAGUCUUGACAGACUUUGUGCUGAAGUAGAAGAUUUGCUCGUUUCUAAGUUUUUUUCUGUCUCUGUAACCCCUACUCACAAACAAAAGCCAAUUCUUAGACCUUGUACAAUCAGUUAUGUACUGAAAAUCUAAUGUGCUUGUGUUGUACUUGUUUCAGGACAGUUUGCCACGUUCAUUUUGUUAGCAUGAGUCUAUGAAUUCUGAUUGCCAAAAGAAAGAAUGUUUUCCUGUAGGUAUUUUUGUACCCUCUGUAUAUAAAAUGUUGGGGAAAAACAUCGUUCCAGUUCUCUCUCCCCCACCCCCCAUUUUUUCCUGCUUUAAAAUGUAAGUGAACCAUAUUGAAAUGACCAUAUCUGUCUUUGAAGUUACGUGUCAUAAUUGUAUUGUUAAAUGGUUAUGGGUUGGGGGGGGGGUGAAUGAAGUAAGCAUUGCUGAUGAUCCCUACAUAUGUUGACCAAAUUCAGUUUGUUGUUACAGUUUGGGAAUUACCAGCCUCCCAGGCAGUGUUUGAUUAACUUAAACUAAACAUACUGCUCACACUCCAUAAUUUUCCAGCUUUGUUCUUGUCAGUUGGUAACAUUCUUUAAUAGCUUUCCCAAAUGGAUCCAAUUGGAAGAUACGUUCAGAAUCCAAAAGUUGACACUGCCUGUGUGUGCUGGGCGCCCCGGUUGAUUAGAUCAUGAUACACUGAAGUGGUUUUAGAAGGCAGGUUUAAUUCGAGACCAUACUGUAUCCUUGACACUUCUUGUUUGUGAUCAAGACUUGCCAUCUGUACACAGCCUCGACGUUUGUGUUGUUGCAGUGACUUAGAGCAUGAGGUGGUUUCAGUGCACAUGGGCCAUCAGGAUCAGGAGACUCGCGAGUGCAUGCUGCCAUUGGUAGGUUGUCAGGAAAUCUUUCUGUAGGAUGGGUAGCAUGUUCAGGAAGUGCCACGAACAAGGACUUCUGGGUUUAGUAGUGUGUCUGACAGUAGAUGUUACAGGAUGUUUGUAAUCUUAGGACCCUUAUCUUGACAUGGUUUGGGUACCCAGUUGCAAUGUCCAUGGUGGGAGUCUUAUUUUUCACAGGCUGUUUCCCCUUAAUGAGGACAGGGCAGGGUACAAAUGAUGUUAGAAAAAAGCUCUCCAGAUUGUGUAGUUUGUGUGUGUGUGUGUUGUUCUUUGUCCUCCUUAAAAGAUGAAGGAAGCUGAUUAUGCAUUUACUUUCUUUGACUUUGUUUAAUCUCUGAUACUUUUUAAAUUGCAUGAAUUUAUUAAGAUUGUAUGCUUUAGGGGGAAUUACUUUUAUAGAUACUUUUGUAGAUUUUGAAUCAAAACUCAGUCCUGAUGACUUUAAAUUCUUUUGUAGUCUAUGAACUGGUUUCAUUAUGAUGGACUUGGUUAGUCCAAAGUUGAUUUUAGAAAUUAUCAGGUAAUUUAAUGUCUUCCUGUCUUCAGGAGGCUUUCUGAUGGACUGAGUCUAUUGAUGGAAAAAUAAUUCAUGUAUGGAUAGUAUGUAAUUCUGAAGAGCUUAGAGUGCCUUGUUGAAUUUUUUCUCAAUUUCAUUCUUGAGGUUUAUAACCUGGGGACCAAAUAGAUAAGGGACCAUCCUUUUCUUGUGUGGAGGUUAAGGCUGUGACAAGUCCAAGGUUAUAACAUGUUUCGGGGGAGAAUGGAAACCAGACUUCCAAAUCUGGACACCUAGUUUGUCCAGAUGUAUCUGGACAAAUGAUUUGUCCUGUUUGUUUUUUUUCUCAAAGAAACUCUUCUUUGAAACAAUCCUUUGUAGGAUCUUAAAUUUUCCAAAUUGGCACUAAGUUGAAGGAAUUAAAUUUUUCUGGACUCUGAACACAUUGCUAUGUAAUUCAGCAGUGAGAACUGAUGUAUUGGCUGGGCAGCCUUCCUGUUCCUUCUGCUUACAGCAUAAGUGACUAGGAGGCGUGUGUGUAGAUUUUUUCCCCCUUUAUUUAAUGUUGAGCCCUAAUAGUUUGGAAUCUUAUAGUUCCCCCAUCUUCUGUCUGCUGUUGUCUUAGUAAAAACGUAAGAUACAUUGUGUUAUCUGUUUGUGUAUAUAGCAGUUGGUCAGAUUGGGAGUACUAAUGUCUGUAAAUAAGGAAUGACUAUUAGCAUAUCCAUUAGAAUUGUUUGUUCUUGCCAGUAUCAACAUCACUUUAUUUAGACUGAAGUCUCUGAAGCUUGUCCUUACUGCUUCCCAGUAAUAGAUAAUGCACUUGAGUAAGUAUGGAUUGCUGGUUGCCACUUCUUUUCAGAGGACCAAUCUUAGUGUGUAUUUCAUUAGAGUGAGUGUUCCUGGGAUGCUGCGUGGACUGUGAUAAGCUAGCAAAUUGCUCAUACUGUAUACUGACUAGAUGAGUCCCAAAUAGUGACAUUGAUCUCAAGACUUUAACGUGUGUAUCUUUAUAUUAAAGUUCAAGCUAAGGUUCAGAAUUGACUGAGAGUGACACUGACUUGAAUGGUAGCUGAAAGUCAAAAUGAGACGAGGAUACUGGUCUUCCGAGGCAGGAGAAACACUGUCGUAUCAGCUGUUAGUGGUGUUCCCGGUUCUUAGACUUCUGUCUUCUCAGGUAUUCUUAGUCUGAAGAUGUGAUAAGAAGGGCUUAUUACACUGGUGAGCAGAAUGACUGUUGACUUUUCUAUGGGACCUCUGAUUUCUCUGAUCAUCUCAGAAGAUACUGUCCUGCUCCCCUACACUGCCGAGCUGAUCUCUUCCCCAGUUCUGCUUUGCUGGGAGGUUACUGCAUCAGUCUCUAGAUAGAGAGGAUCAUGAAGCAAUAGCCAUGGUGCUGUGUUCUUUGGCAUAAGUUCAGUAGAUCUGAUUUCUCCAGGCUUCCUUUUCACUUCGCUCAGAGGAUCCAUUGUCUUUUUGCACUGAGGCUGGCCAGGUUCAUGUAGGUGCUUAAGGAUGGAACCCCAAGCAGUUAACAGAGACCCUCAUUCUGAUACUUCACAUUUUAAGAAUUGGAUAGGAGGGUUGUGCUUCAGGUCUCUAACCAGAGGCACAGGGGAUUAAAAGUCUUGUCUCAGGCCUUUUAGAAUCUUUUUUUUUCCCCCCAGUGUGUCCUUGUUUGCAGUCCAUGGUUUUUUCUCUCCAUUGGGUAUAUGGAUCUUCCCAGAGAUCUUUGAAUUUCAUUACUUGUAGCCAGUAGGUUUUUCUCUUACUGACAGAUAAACUGGCUCCAUUGUUACCCUUUAAGAAGGCUGGAUCCUUCAGUGUUCCCACUUGGCAGCAUUAGGCUUAGUGGAUUACCUGUCUCAUGUUCAUUUGAGUUGUGAGGACUGUAUGGUAGGUGAUAGUGACACGUAGUCACCGUAUCCCAGAGAUUGCCCAGGUCUGGACUGAGAGAAUAGGGUUCAACAGGAAAGAUUAGAUCACUCAGAGUUGCCAGCUCCAGUUUAAAAAAUCAUAAAAACAUUUAAGUGAGGUUUACAAGUGCUCAGGUGAUAGAGAUUAACAAAUUGGAGGACAAACAUUUUCUUAAUACCUGCAGACACAUGCAGAGAUUUGAAGCAUCUGGACUGCUAUUUGAAACCCCUCCCCAUAAGAAUUAGGGUAUUUGUGAAUAAAACAUAUCUGUUAAACUCUGGUUUGAUAAGUAUAAUAAGUAUGAAUUUAUUGACACAUUAGAAGCUGAUGGAUAUUUGAUAGUGAUAAUUUAGUAGAAAAAAAUGUUUCUAGCUUUCAGUGUCCAUAUGAUUUUCAGUAUCCAGAUGCCUAAGUCAUUGCAAUGUUUUUAACAGAUGGCAUAGUUCUGUGUCUGUGCAUAUCUACCUACCAUACAGAGACUGAUUUGUCUUCUCCUUGCUUCUUAGUUCUUUACGUAUUCUUUCAGUAUUUAAAUUCCUAUUUUGAUUUUUUUUGUCAGCUUAGUUCUUUCAGACCUGUUGUCAUAGUAUACUUUGCCCCAGUAGUAAUGCCUCUGAUCCAUGUAUUUAUUUAAAUAUAGUUGUACAUACUAAAUUUCUAUUCAUUUAAAAUGUUAAUUCUCCAGAAUGAUUUUCUCAGAAUUGUGUGUUGACCAACAAAAGCACUAGUAAUUCAGUGGUAUUCUCAAAACUAUUUUCAAAAAUUAGGGAGACUAGUAGUGAAAAUUUACUUAAGGCCCUUUGAAAUGAUGGUUUAUUGCAGAAAAGCAGUGGGGUUUGUUUUGAUGCCAGAAGGCUUGUCUGUGUAGUAAUUUAAUGUAACGAUUUGAAGCUAGUCAGUCAGCAUAUAGAGGAAACAGUUGUGUUCCUUUGACUGGAGACUGGGUUGCGGGAGAAGUAAUCUUCUGAUUACUAGCCUUGGUUGACUUAACCCAGGGAUACAAACACCUUUCCCUUAUUAAGGUUGCUUCUCUGAAUCUGAAUUAGGUAUAUUUUUGUCAGACUCCCCUGGCUGGAAAACUAAAAGCUACUUUGACUUCUAGGAGAGAAUUUAGCUAAAGUUCAGAGUAAUUAAUAGACGUUCCAACCUGAAUUCCACACCAUGACUUACUUAGUCAUAGAAAUGUUUUUAUUUAAACUUCUCUCUGCAGUUCUGGGAGUGGUCUCACCUUUAAAAUAAUGUGAACAAUUGAUGGAACUUUGGUGUGUUUCCAUCUUAACUCCUUUGUAAAAGGUGAGAUUCAGUUUUUCCUUUUGGUAGGCCCCCAGAACCACCAACCAGAACCAGUCUUUUACUCCUACAUAACAAAAAAGGUUUGGUGUAUCUGGUCUUAACUAAUCUCAUGCACUUUGCUUUUUCGGGGAGUACCAAGUAAUUGCAGGCUGCUGACUUAAAUCAGUAACCUUAUUUUAUGUAACGACUGUUGGAUUUGGGUGCCUGGAGUCCCAGCAUGUGUGAAGAGCGGGUUGCUGGAGAAAAGCAAGCGCUGCAGAGCCAGCCAGGACAAAGCACGGAGGCGCACGUCUGCCCUGUGUGUCCCAGUGGUUUGGCUCUGCUCAGUGGUGGAGCGGAAACCCCUGUGCAGUGACUGGCUGUGAUAGGCGAGCCCCUCCCCCUUCAGUGAGCUCCUACGGGGAUUUCAGCAGCAGCACGAGGUGACGGGAGGUGAUUCACAGCCUGGCUGGAGACUUACAUGUAUCUUGGUACAUUUCACCCUAUUCCCUGGUGCUGGUGGAUAAAGGUGUGUUACAUUAAAAAAAAAAAAUUGCUUUUGGAUGAACUAGGUAAUUUUUCAGUUUAUCAGUGUAGCCAAAACCUCCAUAUGUGGAAUGUUCAGUAGUAGCUUUUUUUGUUAUAUUUAUUGGAAAUUAAAAUUAGACUCUUUGCUGUUAUAGAAAUCCUGAAUUGGCAAAGGUGCCAAUACAUAUUCCAUAAUAUAACCAGCUUUUAAAAUUUAUAUGUUUGGAUUAGUGCCUUCUGGUUGCCAGUAUUGACUCUGCUAGUUUGCACCUUUCCUUAAUAGAAAAUUCUUAUUUGUUAUUACUUCUGAAAUUUCAUUAUAACUAGUGAAGGAAAUUAAAAAUAUACAUUAUAUUUACAUACUUUAUAUACAGCCUUUAUUUAGGUUCAAGGAAUCUAGGUAACUAUUCAUGUUGCAGCUUUAAUUAUUUUUGAUUGCUUAGUUACUUAUUCUGAUGAUAUUUUCUCUCUCCUUUCCAUUGUGGUUAUGACAGGUAAAUCUGAGAACAGGUAGAUGACAGCUGUUCAUCUUCUAGGAGAAAAAGCUGGUCAAGGUCCAUAGAAAGCACAAAUGGCAUUCACACGCAUGUGCACCUCCACAUGUAGAAAGCACAGGACUCUGGGUAUUCUGAGUAACCCUCAAGUGCCAGUCAUGAGACUCACCAGUUGUUGUGAGGACCACAGUAGUAACAGCCCUAGAUGCUAAGAGAUGGAAGUUAUGGGAACUGAAUGAUAGGGGAUUCAGAGUGGUCACCUGGACGAAUCUCCCACCGUGGUGGAGUGGGGAGCUCAGAUGUUGGGAGCGAUGUAUUAUAACCGGGUGGGGUGUGGUGCUUCGCUGAAAUAACGUCUGGGCUCUGCUACCAUCUGUAGCUGAAGAAGCAGACACACUUCUAGGUUGGUUGUGGAUGGUCUAAAGCUGAAGAGCUGUUGGAAUGGUUUUGUACUUCAGGAGAUUACCUCUUGUCAAUAAUGCUCUAAAAAACAUGGAGAGAUUCACAUUUUAGCAGAGCACACACUACUUUAAUUUUUUGUAUGCUUCAUUUAAUAGAGGAGAAUUAACCCAUAUGUUCAGAGCAUCGAGCUAAUUCUGAGACAGGUUUGCCAAAUGCGGAGAGUCUGUACGGGACUGCUUGCCCGUCCUGUUACCCCCAUAAGACCCCAUUAGACAAAAAUCUGUGCACGUGGUGCAAGAGGAAGAAGAGAAUGUGUUUUCUUCCACUCAGUGUUGCCCUCCCCUACCCUUUGCUUGCUUCUCCUCUGAAUAAUCCAUGUGUUUCAAGAACAAAUAAGUAUCUUUGUCUUAAGUUUUGCCCAUGUGUCAAAAGGUACAACUCCCAGAAUGAGAGAGAAGUGGCUGAUGGGUUUCCUUGUUCCUGCUCUCCUCUGUUUUGUACCAUCUUUUUAGGGAAAGACUGGUCAGCUCUCAUGUAGAAGUCUAGAGGAAGUGGUAGCUGGUGUGGGCUGGAAGGUUCACCGUCUUCCUGCAGCAGAAAGCUGGCCAGGUGUGCAUCCACAGCGUCGUUUUAGAAUCUGAGACCUGAGGCUUGGGGGGUGAGGGGAGAAGAGCCAGAAAUGUAGGAGAAAGAAGUUUGAGGAACAUCCUUGGCUUAGCAAUAUGUGAUAAUGCAAAGCAAUUAAAACCUGUUAGUCCUAUAUAUUAUGUAUUCUGUACCUUUAAAUAACGUUUGAAAAUUUAAAAUAGUUUGUAAGAACUUUAAGAAAAGAAUGUUUUUGAAGAUUUCGUUGCAGAAAUGUCUUUCAUUUAUAAUUCCAUGGAAAACUGCUUUAAUUAGCCUAGGUGGGAAGUAGUCCUUGCAGUGUAAAUAUGUGUAAGUAGAGUUUUCUGAUUCCACUGUGAGAGCUCGAACUUUUGAGUGGCAAAUAGAUCAUGGAUUUUUCUGUGGGGUUGUUAAGAUGCAAAAGCUUUAUUAUUUUUUAAUAAUGACAUACUACAUUAGUGUCGGAUAAUGGUGCGGAGUCUUUCCCUGCAAGCCCCACCAUGGUUGCUUCAGUUUAUAGAUUGCCAGCAAGUUCAGAGAUAGAGCAGGGACUUGCCCGUUCUUUGGGACAUCUCAUUUUCUGUGUCCAGACCUGUGUUGGCAAUCACAGAUGAACUGUGUCGUGCUUCUCAGUACUUCUUUUUUUUCUUUUUUGAUAAGAUGGAUAUCAAAAAUAGUUGCUGUGCAAAAGUUAGUAGUCUUCUUCAAGAAGAAAACAAAUUCCUUUUCUAAUAAUAUCCUGUGAACUUGCUUCAUUCAUCCUUUAUUUUUAAGCCAAAUGCCAGCAGAAUCCUGCUGCUGCUUUUAUCUAGUAAUUUUGAUAUGUAAGUAUUAAUGAAUUUUAAAAAGAUGUCUACAUUGAAAAAUGUUUUCCCCCAGCGUCCUGCCUAUGAUGCUCUGAGCAGACUUUCUGUAAGAGACCAGUCAGUACCCUGGGAGUGUGUAUUGUGUAUGUGUGUCAUUUUAGUCUGUCAUUUAGGCAUUGUAGAUGAAAUGAUUAUCAAUAAAGUUGGUGAGCAUCAAUUUAGUUAUUAGUAAGUUUUGUUGAAUUGUACGAUUUAAAAUUUACCCUCCAUUGUCCACAGCUUUUUAAAUUUUCAGGUUUGAAUAAUUGAUUAGGUCCAUCUCCUUAUACAAUGUUUUGGUUGCAAGCAGAAAGUAGAAUUUGAUAUAAACUAGGUUACUUCUAUAUUGAAAGGAAUACAAUUGAAAUAGUAGAUUUAGGUUGUUAACCAUUCAUGACAAUUUUAACUUGACUAUUCUAACCUACUGUAUACAAUCCAGUUUUUAAAAUUGUAAACAUGUAUAAUCUUGGUUUAAUGUGUUUUAAAAGUGUUAUUGUUUAAAAAAUGAAAAAAAAAAGAUGCAAAUCUGCUAAAGAGCUGUCAGUUUUCAUUACUGACUCUGUAAAAUACACUGUUAUUUGUGUACUGUGUGUCAUUUUGCCAGCUGCUGCAUUAGCCUUCAGAAGUAUUUGGAAACUUAAGACGAACUCCAUUUCUUGCAAAAUACAUUCCUUUCUGUGGUAUUUUGUCCUGUAACUGAAGUAUAGUAAUAAUUAUUUUAUGGAAAUGUUAGCACUUCUGUACCAACUUUGAAUAAAAUGAGAAAUUUA